AUCACAGUGCGGACCUGCAGCGAGGCUGCGCGUGUGUCAUGGCGUCUCCCUGGAAAGGGGUCGGGUCCGGUGUUAAAUAAGAAAAUCUCCAUCUCAGGAUAACAGCGUUUACCCAGCAAAUUUAAAUAAAUAUAUCACUCUAAGGACGUGAAGAUGGGCAUGGUGCACGCAAGGAGCAUGGACCCUGUCCCCAUGCACGGGCGUGACCUGGGCGUUCACCCGGAUGACCUGGAAGUGGUGGAGGCACAGCAAGAAACCAAGAAAGAAGUCCUAGAAAAUAAAGACAUUGUUGUGCAACAUGUCAGCAUCGAAGGCUUGGGAAGAACUAAAGAGGACUACCUGGGCUAUGAGAUCGCUGAUGUCUUCAAUGCCAAAAAUCUCAUCGAUGUGAUGAAGAAAUCACAUGAAGCUCGGAUGAAGUUGCUCCGUUUGGGCAUAUUCAAAGAAGUGGAAGUUCUUAUUGACAUCUCAGAAGGAGCUGAUGCCUUGCCUAAUGGUCUGGAUGUGACAUUUGAGGUGACGGAGAUGAAGAGGGUGACAGGGAGUUAUAACACUAUGGUUGGAAACAAUGAGGGUAGCAUGGUGCUUGGCGUUAAACUACCCAACAUGUUUGGUCGUGGAGAGAAGCUAACCUUCCAGUUUUCUUACGGAACUAAGGAGACAUCAUACGGCUUGUCUUUCUUUAAACCUCAGCCUGGCUAUUAUGAACGCAACCUUGCACUAAACCUUUACAAAGUGACUGGCCAGUUUCCAUGGAGUUCACUGAAGGAGACUGACAGGGGAGUUUCCACUGAACUUAAUUUCCCUCUGUGGAUGACGGAUCACACACUGAAGUGGGAGGGUGUGUGGCGGGAGCUGAGCUGUCUCGCACGCAGCGCGUCAUUUGCCGUGCGAGAAGAAAGCGGCCACACUCUCAAAUCUGCUCUCUCGCACACGAUGACGAUAGACACCAGGAACUCUGCCAUCCUUCCAAGAAAAGGUGCCUUAAUGCGGCUCAACCAGGAACUAGCAGGCUACACUGGAGGAGAUACAAGCUUCCUGAAGGAAGACUUUGAGCUGCAGUUAAACAAACCAUUCCUCUGGGGUUCUGUGCUCUCGGCUUCUCUAUGGGGAGGAAUGAUCUUUCCUAUUGGGGGUCAGCCCGUCUCCAUUGCAGACAGGUUCUACCUGGGUGGUCCGACCAGCGUGAGAGGAUUUGGCAUGUACUGCAUCGGCCCACAGAGUGAAGGUGACUACCUGGGUGGAGAUGCGUAUUGGGCUGGUGGGCUCCACCUGUACACACCACUUCCGUUCCGCGCUACCCGGGGUGGCUUCGCUGAUCUCUUCAGAACACAUUUCUUCCUUAAUGCGGGAAAUCUGUGCAACCUCAACUACGGGGAGGGUCCACACGCACACUUACAGAAGUUAGCGGAAUGUAUUCGCUGGUCCUACGGUGCAGGCAUCAUCCUCCGGUUGGGAAACAUCGCAAGACUAGAACUCAAUUACUGCAUUCCCAUGGGUGUUCAGAGCGGAGACAGGAUAUGCGACGGCGUACAGUUUGGAGCUGGAAUCCGUUUCCUGUGAUGUCAUCGGCUGCUGGACUUGUCCUGAAGCCAAGAAUUGUGGGAUUAGUAGCUGAGAUGUGUGUAGUAAUGUCAGAAUGAGAUCCCUCCUGCAUGCAGAAUGUGAGGGGCUACAUCCUACCAAGGACAAAACGUGACUGAGCUUGUUUAACGUCUUGACAAUUGUUGGAUUUGUUGCGAACUAGGACCUCUUAUUCAUGUGUAAUAACAGGUGCUAUAUCCGGGCUGUGUGAGGGCGCUGUUGAGUGCUUCAACUAUUUAUGUUUGUGUAAAAGCACCCAGUGAAGUGAAGCAUGAGGUGGAAAGAAAUUUCAGUGUGUUAUUCUUUUGUUAUCUACCAGUGUUGGGAGAUAACUGUAAAUGCCAUAACUUGUGUUGAAAUCCAUGCAUCAUAUCAGGAGCUGACUGAUCAGAGGAAACAUGCUUUAAAAAUAAACCUAAUGUAAUUAUAAUGCAGUCAAUUGUAUGUACUAGUUCAAGCACUUUUUCGUUCUUUCAGUGAAGUGGUCCAUUGUCUGAUUCUGGUUGUUGACUCCCCCCUAUGCCAGACCACAUGAACGAAUCGAUUCCAUGGCUUCGGUGAAUUGGUUUUUUAUUGAUUCCUUUUCAUUCUGUAGCCUUCAUGGGUUUGAAGCUCCAUUAAAGAUCCACCAGCAGUGCUCUUAUUGUAAGUCCUCUUUUUAAUGUCUGUUAAGAUGUUGUACACCAAGUAAGAAUAAAUAAUAUUUGCCCCUGUUUUGCCCUUUUAAA